CUUCAUGAUGUAAUAUAUGUUCAGCCUUCACAGGGCAUUUAUUUAGCAUUUAAAUUGUAGUCAGUUUCUUAGUAACAUUGCAUAAAAUCUGUACAUGCAUCAUAGCACCCACCCAUCUUUAUUUAAUCAUUAUUUUAACAGUGUUUGCUUUGUUUGUAACUACAUCAAUUCCAAGUGAAUUCAACAAGUUUUCUGGUGGAUUCAUCAUGAUGGAGAAGGAAGGCAUUCUUUUGGUGUAGACCAGUGGAUGCUCUUCCAAAGAAUUGCUCAGGAACUCUUACAACAGGGUUUGGUGGACAAUGCAGUCCAGCAUGAAGAUUAUAAGUCUCUUGAUGACUCUUCUGAGCUCCUUUGGAACAUCUACAAGUUGUCCAUCAGGCUGUACCUGCAAUGUGAACCAUACAGACUGCAGUGACCCUAACGAACUGGCUUCCUUGGACUCCAUCCUGAACCAGCUACCCUUUGACGCAAGCUACCUCAACCUCUCAAACAAUAACUUCACCACUGUGGAACCUGGGAGUUUUUCCAAUUUUAGUGGCUUGCUACAUCUAGACCUCUCCAGAAACCUUCUCUCCAGCAUCAACCCUGGGUACUUUUCCAAUCUCAGCAGCCUGCUUCAUCUAGACCUCUCCAGAAACCUUCUCUCCAGUGUCUUCCCUUCAAGCUUCUCCCACUUGAACAACCUAGAGGUCCUGGAUCUCUCUGAAAACCUUGUUGUGAGGCUCCCCGUUAACUUGUUCUCUGGACUCAACAGCCUAAGAGAAUUAGUUCUAAGAGAAAACAAGCUUAAGGAACUGAAUCCAGAUCAGUUCAAAGGUCUGACUGAGCUUAGGCGUCUAGAUCUUUCCUUUAACAGUCUCAGCUCCAUUCCCACACACCUUCUGGAUGGUCUCCAGAACCUAGUGUGGCUCUCGCUUCUUGGCAACAAGCUGAGAACUCUGGAGCGGUCUUCACUUGAGCCAGCGACUGCUCUACAGCAACUUCUGCUGGAUGGAAACCCAUGGAAUUGUAACUGCAAUUUAAUUCCACUCAAGCAUUGGCUGGAAUGGAUUGUAUACACAGGUGGCAGCAUAGAUUCUGCCAACUGCUCCUUUCCUGCUAAUUUGCAUGGUAAGGAUCUUCGCAGUAUCCCUAUGGAGAUGUUCAGACACUGUUACCCCCUCUAUCUGGAGACAAGGUACCCAUCUGCAGCCGAGGGCCACCAGGUACCGGCUGGGUCAGCCGGAGACUGCAUGCGCCAGCGCUACCGGCCUGUGAGUGUGCGUCGAGCGACUGCCACGGUGGUGGUAGCUGGGGUGGUGUGUGGCGUGGUGUGUGUGAUGAUGGUGGUAACAGCCACCUACGGCUGCAUCUAUGCAAUGCUGAUGGCUCACGAACAGCAGCAGCUGGUAGAGGGAAACAGCCAACGGCAACAGCCACUGAUGGUGGCAAAAGAACCAGAGCAGGAUGAAAAGGAGGAUCUGAUACCGACUAUCGGAAAGGGAGCAGAAGCCACAGAGUGCGUAGCGUGGAUGGCAUUUCCUCCAGAAGUGUGUGUUUAAAGCAGUUUAUCAUUGAUGUAUAUAGAUUUAUAAAUAUUUGUUUGGGAGUGAGAGUUGGAAAGCAAAUGACCCGAUUUAGUUCAGGAGCAAUUACAGCUCCAACAAACUGGUUAAAAAAAACCUCAAAAAGACAAAUAUAUUCAACUACUCUAUAGCUGUUAAGUAGAUUAAAGGAACAUAAAAAUAAAACACUGAAUAUGAUUUUAUGUAAACUUCUAUAUUUUCCUAUGAUUUCUCCUAACAAACCACCUCUGUGUUUGUUUUC